AUGCAGACUGAUGAAAGGUUGCAGGAAGGCAUCGCAGCACAUCGCAAAGGUGAUCUGGAAACUGCACAAGACAUUUAUUUGGAAAUAUUGAACAAGGAUCCGGAACACGCGGACGGACUACAUUUUCUCGGCUUGCUGCAAUUUGAUGCGGGACGAGCCGACAGCGCGAUCGAUCUGAUCCAGAAAUCGCUUGAAAAUGAUGAACGCAACACGUCGGCCCUCAAUAAUCUCGGUAACAUUCUCAAGAUCGUCGGCGAGCCAAAGGCAGCAUUUGCAGCCUAUGUUCGCGCCGUGGAACUCGAUUCCAGGCACGAAGAAGCGUGGAAAAACAUCAAUGUCCUUCUGCGGGCGUCGGGCGACUAUGACGAAAUCCUGACGAUCAUGUCGGAGAUCGUUCGCCUCGACCCUGAUAAUCCCAACGCCUGGCAUACCUACGGCCUCGCGCUGAUGUUCACGGGUUCGAAGGAGGAAGCUUCAGACGCCUUCGAGAAGUCGCUCAGGUUCGAUGACCCGAAAGCGCCGCAGGCUCUCUGGCGCGCGCGCGUUCUGAGUGCACUUGGACGCCCCGAUCUUUCCAAAAUCCACCUCGAGAAUAUUGUCGCUGCCGAUCCGGAGAACAAAGCCGCGCACUAUCAUCUUUCAGCGGUGCGCGGAGAUGACCUGCAACACGCUCCGGAGGACUAUGUCAAAACCCAUUUCGACAAGUUUUCCGACUCGUUCGAUGAAGUUCUUGAAGGUCUCGGGUAUCGCGCGCCGGAACUCGUGGCCGAGGACGUUGUUGCGCUCGCCGGUCAAAAGACGGAACCCUUCCCGGACGUCGUCGAUCUCGGCUGCGGAACCGGUCUGUGCGGUCCGCUGAUCAGCGACCACUGCGGCAAGCUGACCGGUGUCGACCUGUCCCGCGGCAUGAUGGAAAAGGCAGCGCAACUGAACGUCUAUGACUUUCUGGUCGAGGGAGAACUGGUUUCCUUCCUGAGUUCCGACCUGCCAACCCGUUUCGAUCUGGCUGUUUGCGUCGAUACGCUUUGCUAUAUCGGCAAUCUGCGCCCGUUCAUGAAGGCACUGGCAGGUGCGCUGAAACCCGGCGGUAUCCUGGUUGCCAGUGUUGAACAUCUUGUCGACGAUUCCGGACCCGAAUUUCGUGUCGACGCCUCCGGGCGCUACGCACACACACCUGAUUACAUUCGCAAAUCCACUGAAGAAGCUUCGCUGAUUUACAAGACGGACCGCCAGGAAGUCCUGCGCAAGGAACUUGGCCAGGAGGUUCAGGGGCUGAUUUUCCAGAUCCAGAAACCAGAGGCGAACUGA